ACCUUCACAUAAAUUGCACAGCUAACUGCACAAAACACCGCCCAAAGUACAUGCAAGUUACAUUUUAUGUUUUUCUUCCUUUGCUUAUUUAUUAUUAAAAUAAGUACACCCCCUCCCUCGCAACACGGUUUGUUUUGUUUCCACCACGGUUCGGAAUUGGUUCUCUAUCCUGACUGAGCGAUGCAGACUAGCCUAGUACUCACUGCCGUGUAUCAAAUUGCAUCAUUCUAGAAGCGUUCGUCAUGUCCGUAGUUAGGAAGCCAUGUCCACUUUUCCGCGAAAUGCUCGGGGGUCCUUAAACAUGCCGCGCUCACAUGCUAUUACGCAUACCGAAAGCAGGAAGGGAUCCCAUAGCAUUUUGAAUUGAGCGAUGCUUCUGUGAACUAGGGCAGGUCAACUGGCGUAUCAUAACAGGGCAGAUUUAUUAUUUAUUGAGAAGAAGAUGGCGGAGUUCUCACCGGUCCUUCAGCUGCGGGAUGGAGACGGUCGGUUCGGACAACCUGUCUUUCCCAGGUCACGUUCCGGCUCGGAAUCCGAAAGUGAGCUUUCGCAGAGCCUGGCACGCACCAAGACCCGCUCUUAUGGCAGCACGGCCAGCGUCACCGCUCCUGUGGGAGAGAAAUACAUCGAACACAGAGUCACGGACAGUGACACGCUGCAGGGAAUAGCGCUCAAAUACGGCGUGACGAUGGAACAGAUAAAGCGGGUUAACAAGCUUUUCGGAAACGAGUGUAUAUUCCUGCGGAACAGUCUGAACAUUCCGGUGGUGUCAGAGAAAGCGUUCAACGGACUGAUGACAUUGGAAUCUCCAGAAAGUGAGACCAGUGACAGCUGUAUGCCGCACGAGGGACCUGUUGUGACUUUGGAUGGAGAUGGAACGUCAUCCUCCUCGCCCUCGCCCACUCCCACACCUCAGGACCCUAGCUCGCGCCCCACUCAGCCCGAGGAACUUUCGGCCAAGGACUACUUACACAGACUGGACUUGCAGAUUAAAAUGUCAAAGCAGGCUGCCAGGAAACUCAAAGAGGAGGAUAUCAGGGAUCGAGAAGAGGACUCACUGCCCACGUCGUCUUACCAGGAGAUCUGACGAUGAGGAAGGGUGAGGAUUUCACCAAGGAGCUGCAGUUAUGUACCCAGAUGCUAUUUUAUUUUAUUUUGUUUCACCAUUCCUGUCCCUUUUAUUCUUGCUUUUAACCAAACCAUGAAAGGACUUUGUCCGUGUGUUUGCACUGAAGUGUCAACUUUUGCCUUUUCAAAAAUAAGUUAUUAUAAUUAUUAUUAUUAUUAUUCAUAGUAAGAAUUUUUGUUUGUCUUGUCCAUGGGAGAGAGUGUAUUGGGACCCAGCACCCAUAGCUUUACAUUUACACUAUAAGCUCCUCAAGCUACUUGGCCUAUGACCCCUUGAUCUCUUAUUGUAUGUCACAUCCAGUGAAAGCACAAGAGAGUCAUGUCCAGGAAACCGCUCCUUACUUAAAUGGGUUCCUAGCCCUGGUCCCAGAGGGGGCAUUCUAGAAGCUGGCAUGGUUCUUAUUAAUGCUUUGCCCUACUGAGAGCUGGGGAGCAGGUAUGCACUGAAUGAGGCUUUAUAAUAUGCAGUAAAUAAUGUUAUCCGGGGGUUCUCAAACUGAGGUCCAUGAAUUCUCCAAAGGAGCUCCAGACGUUAAUAAUAAUUUGAUCAUAUCCCAAAUUUCAAAAUCACACAUUUCAGCCUUUCAGAUUGGAUAAAUGCUACAUAUUUGCAUUGUACUAAAUGUCUGCUGACAUGGAUCCAUAAAUUAUGAGAUCCCGAUUUAGCACGUUAAAUAGCAAAUGUACUGCAGUCUGUGUAAGAUGUUAUAUACUGUAAAGAUGUCAGAAGUUAGCCAUUUUAAAGAGGUGGGAGACCUCUGCCAGAAGAUGGUUUAUAGUGGACCUUCAGAUGAAAAGGUUUGGGAACCCCCGGUUUAAGAAACCAUUUCAGUAUUCAGGUAGUGGGAAUAAAUAUCCCAAAUUCACCUUUUCAAGAGCUGUUAAUCCUUUUGCUUAAGGCUUACCUUGAACACAUCCAAGUCUGUUUUCAAGUAUUCACCAUACACUAUUUAAAAAACUAUAGCCUUCAAUGUCUUUCUUAAAAUGGAAUGAAAAUAUUCACUUGAAGUUGUGGGUGUGUGGAAGUGUGUUUAUUUUUGUUAUGUUUGUUAAAAAUUUUUAUUUUGCCUAUUAAAUGCUAUUUUGUGAAAGGGACGAUUCUGUUUUGAUGUGUGAAUGUGUUGUUUUUUGUGUGGCGAUUACAGCUUAAACCUCAAUGGAUUUGGUUGUUUUAAUCAUUUUAUGGCCAUUGGGUUUUGAGGAACAAUAAAUGCAUCAUCUGUAAACCAAAA